AUGGUGGGGCUAGGAUCCAUGCCCCACCAGCAUCGGCCCUGGCAGAUUGGUCCACUAGACUGUGUGAAUGCUUCAACAACAUUGGGAACUGUAAGGCCCCCUCUCUUUCAUAUUCCUGAUGAAAGUAAACUAGACAGAGGAACACCAUGGAAUGAGACAAGUACGGAGGACAAUUUUAUCAUUACCCAUUUCUCAAUGCCAUCUUAUUCCAAGCUGCAUCACCUGCUGGUGCCCCUGCAUUACCUUUUUCCAGGCCACCAAGAUCAUUGACUGUGGUUCUACUUGUGAGUGUUCCUUACUCCAAACCUUCCUUUCUGAUGCCGUCAGAAUUUGGUGUCGAACAGGACCUGUCUCCACUACUGCACGAGCUCGAGGCGACAGAGGAGACCCCACACUCACGUAUCCAGCCGGAUCGAGGAACACGAGCGAAGACGAAGGACCCCGGGUUCCACUAUACAGCCUGA